AUGGUCCCUCCACUGAUCGCUCUGGAAGAGCAUUUCUUCUCCGAAGCCAUCCUCACCGGCUCCGCGGAUUCCUACUCUGAACAGCUCAAGCACAUUCCCGGACUGAUCGACAAACUCUCCGAUGUGGGCGAUUUGCGGUUGAAAUCCAUGGACGCCGGCCAGGUGUCGCUGCAAAUCGUGUCCCACGCCCCGGGCACCAUGUCGCCGUCGCAAUGCAGAUCUGCCAACGACCAGCUCGCCGAGGCCGUCCGAAAAACCCACCCAGACGGCCGCUUCGCCGGCUUCGCGGUCCUGCCCGUCUCGCAACCGCAAGAGUGUGCGGUCGAACUCACCCGCUGCGUCAAGGAGCUCGACUUUGUGGGCGCCCUGAUCGAGAACCACACCGCGGACGGCACCUACUUUGACGGGACGGCGUAUCUGCCCAUGUUCCAAGCCGCGCAGGAUCUCGACGUGCCCAUCUACCUGCACCCGACGUGGCCGACCCAGGACCUGAUGUCCUUGCUGUACACCGGUGAAAACAUCCCCCAUUCGGCAUCCAUAUCCCUCUCCUCGUCCGCGUUCGGGUGGCACUCGGACGUGGCCGUGCACAUCCUGCGCCUAUUCGCAUCCGGCCUCUUCGACAAACUGCCCAAACUCAAAAUCAUCAUCGGCCACAUGGGCGAGAUGCUGCCCUUCAUGCUCGAGCGCAUCAUGCAGCUCUCGCCGCGCUGGGGUCCCCGCGCAAGGGACUUCAAGACCGUCUGGGACGAAAACAUCUGGAUCACCACCAGCGGCGACUGGAGCGUCAACCCCAUGGCCUGCAUCCUGCGCAAUACAAAGCUGGACCAUGUGCUCUACAGCGUCGACUACCCCUUCGCCCGCAACGAGGACGGGCUCAAGUUCAUGCAGGACCUGGAGCAGAGCGGCUUGGUGACCGCCGAGCAGUUGGAAAUGAUCGCCCACGGCAACGCCGAGACAUUGUUGCGCGUCAAGCAUAAGAAACGGUGGGACUGA